AUGUCGGCUCAUUCACUCACACGGUUGUCAUACCACUUCCUCUCCCGCACACGGACGGGUACAGACGCCGCCGACUGUGGCGCACUACCUUCGGCGUCCAAUACGGUUGCAGGCAUUGGAGGAGGCUCGUUUAGGUUCCUUCGCUCGGAACAGAGCUCAUCAUCGGUGACCACACCUCCCUUUGGCGGCUCUGACGCCCGUGCCCCUGCAGGCGAGGCCUCGGCCCUCCUCGCCGACCCGCUCACUCUGCACCAGCCGCGUUCGGCCAACUCGUACUUUGUCGAGGCGUGUGACUCGGGGAAUGUCUCGCGGGUCAUGCGCCUUCUCGAGCUUGCCGGCGUCGUCAGCCCAAGCUCGGCCUCGCCGCCGGGCCCGGUUGCCGCCGGUACAAGGUCGCUCGACGCUCCGCUGCCGCCCGCCGCCGGCGAAGAAGACUCGCCGUCACCGGCUUCGGGCCCGUGGUCGGCCUCGGGCCACUCGGACGACGCCCUUGCCGCUGCAGAAGUCCUCGCGUCUUCGCAGGGCAUCGACGUCAACGCACUCGAGCCCAUGGUAUGGUCGCCUGUCCGCUCCCGCCACGCGUGGCGCAACAACGCCCUGCACGUCGCCUCACGCAACGGCGACACCGGCCUUGUCAAGCUCCUCCUCUCGCUGCCAGGCAUCGACCCGCACGCGCUGACCGGCGGCGGCAACACCUGCCUCUCCAUCGCCGCCUUCUUUGGCCACGUCGAGCUCAUGGAGCUCAUCCUCACCGCCACAGACAUCGACGUCAACUCGGGCGGCGGCGAGGUCGGCCAGGGCUUUACCCCGCUCCACAUGGCGGUUCAGGAGAACCGCGUCGAAGCCGUCAAGUUCCUUGUCGAGCGCGCCGGCGCUAACGUCAACGCCACCACCCUCGACAACCGCACCCCGGUCUUCAUCUCGGUCGAGUCGGGUCACUUUGACCUCCUCCGCUACUUUGUCGAGGAGACAGACGCAGACCUGUCCAUCGUCGACGAGUUUGGCUUCCACCUCCUCCACAUGGCUGCCCAAGAAGGGCUCGACGACAUGUUCAAGUACCUCGUCGACAAGACCGAGCUCGCCUGGGAACCCGCCGCAGACGGCCAGUCGGUCAUCUACAUCGGCACCUACUACGGCCACACACAGCUGGUCAAGUUCAUGGUUGAAGUCCUGGCCAUGGACAUGGAGGAAGCCGAAAAGUCCGGCUACACUCCGUUCCUGGUCGCCUGCUUCUGCGGCCACCUCGAGCUGCUCAAGUACCUCGUCGCCGCAGGCGCCAACACCUCUGCCAAGACCCACAACGGGCAGACCGGCCUUUACAUCGCCGCCAAGCAGGGUAACCUCGGCAUUGUCAAGUACCUCGCCUCGGAGCUCGGCAUGGACCCUGAGGUGCCGCAGAAAAAGGGCUUCACCCCGCUCCUUGCCGCCGUCGAAGAGAAGCAGCUCGACGUCGUCCGAUUCCUGGUCAACGAACUCGGAGUCAACGUCAACGCCAAGUCGCGGACCGCCCAGUCGGCCGUCUACAUCGCCGCCAUGCUCGGCGACAUGCCGCUCGUCCGCUUCCUCGUCGAGGAAGCCGGCGCAGACACCUCGGUCGUCAACGAUACCGGCGACACUCCGGCCUUUAUCGCCGCCUGGUACGGCCACCUCGACGUCAUCAAGUACUUUGUCGAGACCGUCGGCAUGGACGUCAACGUCUCGUCCAAGGACGGCUUCAACCCGCUCCUCAUCGCCACCGAAAAGAACCAACUCGCCAUCGUCAAAUACCUCGUCGAGGUCGCGGGCGUCGACACCAACGUCCAGGCCGGCCUCGGUCAGACCCCGACCUACAUCUCGGCCUCCAAGGGCAACCUCGACGAAAACAGGCUUGACGUCAUCAAGUUCCUCGUCACCUCGGGUAAGGUCAACGUCAACGCCCGCACCAACGACGGCCAGUCUGCCGUCUACAUUGCCGCCAAGGAGGGCCACGUCGACAUUCUCCGCUACCUCGUCAACACCGUCGCCCUCGACUACACCCUCGGCGACGAGAACGGGUUCACUCCGCUCCACAUUGCCGCCCAAAAGGGCCAGUUUGCCGUCGUCCGCUACUUUGUUGACGAGCUCGGCAUGUCGCCCGACGUCCAGUCCGCAAACGGCAUCACAUGCGUCUACCUAUGCUCAAAGUACGGCUACGAGGACCUUGUCCGCUACUUUGUCGACUCGGUCGGCGCAAACCCAAACCUCGCCUCCAACGACGGCUGGUCACCGCUCCACGUUGCUUGCCAGGAGGGCGCCCUCGACAUCCUCCGCUACCUCGUUCACUCGGCUGCAGCCGUCACUUCGGGCCUCACCUCCAAGGGCUCGUCGCUCAUCUACAUCGCCGCAAACUACGGUCAGCUCGACGUCGUCGAGUUCCUUCACUCCAUCGGCGCAGACGCGGAACUCGCACAAGAAGUCGGCUGGCGCCCGCUCCACAUCGCCAUCCAGGCCGACCACAGCACCGUUGUCCGCUACCUCAUCGAGGCCGUCGGCGUCGAUCCCGACGCCCAGACUCACAACGGCGCCACGCCGCUGUACAUUGCCGCAAAGAACGGCUCGCUCGACCUUGUACGCUACCUCGUCGAAGACGUCAACGUCGACACCUCGAUCGUCAACUCGACCGGCGACACCCCGGUCUUCAUCGCCUCUUGGUACGGCAAGCUGGACAUCGUCAAACGACGGCUUUACCCGCUGCUCAUCGCCGCUGAAAAGGGCGAGCUCGAAAUCGUCAAGUACCUCGUCGAAGUCGCACACGUCGACGUCGACGCUCAGGCCAACGACGACCAGACCGCAGUCUACCUCGCCUCCUUCUACGGCCAUCUCGACACCGUCAAGUACCUCAUCGAGUACGCCCGCGCCCACGACGACGUCGAUCUCGACGUCGAGGUCGGGGAGAAGAACGGCUACCGCGCCCUCCACGUCGCCGCCCUUCAGGGCCACAUCGACAUCGUUCGCUACCUUGUCGAUGAGGUCGGCGCACAGUCGGACGUCGUCACCGAUAAUGGGCAGACCACCCUCUACGUCGCCGCCAAGAAGGGCUUCCUAGACAUUGUCGCCUUUCUGGUCAACGCCGGCGUCGCCGUCGAGGCCGGCCAGCACCAGGGCUUCAACCCGCUCCUCAUCGCCGCGCAGGAGGGCCACGCUGACGUCGUCCGCUUCCUCGUCGACUCGGCCGGCGCAAACCCUAACGCUGUCACAAAGCGCCUUCGCUCCGCCGUCGUCAUCGCCACAAAGAAGGGCUACACAGACAUUGUCGCCUUUCUCCUCGAGCGCCGCGUCCGCAUUGACUUUGACCAGUGCAUGGACAUCGCCUCGGUCGAGGAGCACCCCGACGUUUACUCGGCCCUUGGAGCCUACGCCGCCUACGCCAAGCUCCAGGUCCCGUGGAUGCCCUCGGUCCACCUCAAGUUCCCCCGCUACGUCCAGCGCGCCGUCAAGCAAGCCCUGCUCAUUGCCCGCACCCUCGUCACCGACCCGCUCACCGGCCAGCCAUUGCGCAAGUACGCCGACACCUGCAUAUUGGCCCGCCUCCCCAACGAGCUCCUCCUCGAGGUCUUCAAGUGGAUCGCCACUCCAGGCAACUGGCUGCCUAGCGCAGACUACGGCUUUGACCCCGACAUUGUGCCCUUUACCCCCGACACCAUCACCCUGGCAGACGUGCCAAACUGGGGCGACCCGGCGAGCCUUCACUGGCCGCCGGGCACAGACUCGUCGUCGUCGCUUGCAACAUCGACCUCGUCCGUCCAGAUCACCCCCACCACUGCCACCGCCCCACUUCCGCAGACAGGCUCGCUCGUCCUCGCCACUCAGCCACCGCCCCACGCCCAGCUGCUGCCGCACACCCCGCUCUCGCCGCUCACUCCGGCCCCGCCGCCAUCGUCGCCCUCCGCCGCAGCUCCGCUCUCGCCGUCGUCGCUUCCCUCGCCGCUCUCGUCGUCGCCUCCGCCCAACAAUGAAUAA